AUGCCCUCUCUCAAAGCCCUUCUCGGCGCUGGCCUGGCCGCAACAGCAGCCCUGGCCUCCCCGAUCCAGUCCCUUGACUUCAGCGACCUCGCCCCCCGCGCGGAUCCCAGUCUGACCGGAUACCUCGGCGCGUUCUUCCUCGGCGCCGACCCGUACGUCUACAUGUACCUCAGCAACGGCAACAACGCCGUCUCCUUCCGCGCGCUCAACUCUGGCUCGCCGGUGAUCAAGCCCACCAAGGGCACCGGGGGCGUGCGCGACCCUGCGAUUGUGGAGGGCGGCGGCGCGGAGAAGGGGAAGAAGUGGUACAUUGUUGGAACUGAUUUGGACAUUGGCAAGACGACAUGGGACGCCGCCCAACGACAGGGCUCCAAGGGCAUCUUCGUCUGGGAGUCGACCGAUCUCGUGAACUGGAGCGGCGAGCGCCUCGUCGUCGUCGAGAACUCCAGCGCCGGCAUGGUCUGGGCCCCGGAGGCCAUCUGGGACCCCAGCAAGGGCCAGUACCUCGUGCACUGGGCCUCCAAAUUCUACCCCUCCUCAGACCCUAACCACACCGGCGCCCCGGGCCCCAUCGUGAUCCGCUACGCCUACACCUCCGACUUCAAGACCUUCUCCGCGCCCGCGACCUACAUCGACAAAUCCCCCACCAACAUCAUCGACCUCAACAUCCUGCCGACGGGCACCGACGGCAAGUCCUUCGUUCGCUUCCUCAAGGACGAGUCGCUCAAGACCGUCUUCGUCGAGGUCUCGACCACGGGGCUGUUCGGCACGUGGACUCGCCCGGGCGGGUCGUCCGCGAUCAUCCAGAGCGGCGUCGAGGGCCCGGCGAGCUACUGGGACAAUCAGGUCGCGGGCAAGGCGCACGUGUUGCUGGACUUCUACGGCGAGGAUGGGUACCGGCCUACUGCCAUUGGGUCAUACGGCUUGGUGAUCGAGAUCGCAGCCUCGACUUCGUCAUCUGCUGGUGCAUCAGCAGGCAUCACGGCGUAA